ACAGUUAUAGUGCAAGUUAUAGUCUGUUUCAACUUUCAAGUAGCAAAGGAAAUUAUGAGUACUCUUAUUGCGGAUCAAAUCUUUCCGGUCACCAGGCGUUCGGGGAAUUACAAACCCUGCGUUCACAGAGACAACAACUUGGUGCAGUCCUUAAACACUGAUUUUAAGGUUGAACGUUUCAAAGAACGAGUUGAUGAGCUGAAAGAAGAGGUGGUAGGGAUGUUUGCUGAUAUUAUCAAGUCUCUGGAUCAACUUGAGCUGAUUGCUGAUUUGCAAAGACUUGGAUUGGCUAAUCAUUUCGACGAAGAAAUCAAGCGUACCCUGAAGAAGAUAUACGAGAAUCGAACGAGUGAUCUGUGGGAAAUUAAGGACUUGCAUGCUACUGCUCUUAUGUUUAGACUCCUCAGGCAACACAGAUUUGAUAUAUCAGAAGAUAUAUUCGAGAGUUUUAUGGUGAAUGGAAGCUUUAAAGAAGGUCUUGGGGACGAUGUGAAGGGCACUUUGAGUUUGUACGAAGCUUAUUACUUCUCAUCUGAAGGAGAUUCCCGGAUGGAGGCUGCAUGGCGCUUUGCAUCUAAAACGCUUAGAGAGCGAUCAGAUGACAUCGUUGAUCCGAAUCUAGGCAUCAAAGUGAGGCAUGCCUUGAAGAGUCCAUUGGAUUGGAGGAUGCCAAAACUGGAAGCAAGGUGGUACAUAGAUGUCUACGGAAAAUCUAGUGACAUGAAUCCUGCAAUACUAGAACUCGCGAAGUUGGAUUUCAAUAUUGUGCAAGGAGUUUACCAAGAGGAUCUCAAGACCUUUUCAAGGUUCUGGAAUGAAUUAGGUCUGGCCAGCAGACUACACUUUGCGAGAGAUAGGCUUGUUGAAUCUUUCAUAUGGGCCUUGGGAAUGAAUGUGAAUCCAGAACUGCGAUACAGCAGACUUCAGUUAGCUAAACAAGUACAAAUGAUUACAUACAUUGAUGACAUUUACGACGUCUAUGGCACAUUAGAUGAAGUUGAACUCUUCACUGAGGCCAUUGAGAGGUGGGAUAUUAAUUCCAUAGAAGAGCUUCCCAACUACAUGAAAGUUUGCUUUCUUGCCCUUUACAACUAUGUGAAUGAGAUGGUCUACAAGAUCUUCAGAGAACAAAACAUUGAUGUUUUGCCAUACCUAAAAAGAACGUGGAUUGAUCUUUCGAAAGCUUACUGUGAGGAGGCGCGGUGGUUUCAUAAUGGAUACAAGCCAACACUUGAAGAGUAUCUGAGAAACGGAGUGAAGUCAAUAGCCAUUCAGAUUUGCAUAGUUCAAAACUACGUUUGUUCCAUGAAUCCAGUCGACAGGGAAGCGUUGGAGUUUUUGAUGAACAUGCCGGAGGUGUUAAGCUCAGCAUGUCUACUUGGGCGAAUCGUUGAUGACAACGGGACUUCCUCGCAUGAGCUGGCUAGAGGAGAUGUUCCGAAAGCCGUCCAAUGCUACAUGUCCGACACGGGAUGCACCGAAGAAGAAGCUCAUGCUCACAUGAAGGACUUAAUGAGGAAUUACUGGAGACAGAUGAACAAGUGUCGACUGCAAGACACGCCGGUGCCUCUACAGGCUGUGGACUACAUUUUCGAUCUUCUUCGAGCCACCCAUUAUACUUAUCGUGAUGGAGAUGGAUAUAGCGUUCAACAUGAGGGUAAAAGUAAGCUUCUGCUGAAUGCCCUCAUUGUUGAACCUAUACCCAUGUAACCAAAGCUUCUAUCAAUUGUUUCAUGCAUGGAUUUAUGCAGAUGCUUCUCAAGUUUACCUUUAAUAAUAUUGUACCGGUGGCUCAGUUCUUUGUCUUUGUUUCUUUAUUUCAAUGAUUUCAAUAAUUUGAACGGUUGCAAUCAUUUCAUGUUUGGACAUGUCAUUUUAGAGAAGUUGCUUGCUCAUUUCUGACAGACUUGGCA